AUGCUGCUUCGGUACGCUCUCAUCAUCGCCGCUGAGAUGGGUAAGGCCAGUCGAUCGCGGUCUGAGACCUUGAAGGCCAUGUGCGCACUGGAGGCUGAGAAGAGGAUGGGUCUUACUGGAACUCCCCUCGAAAAUGAUUACGACGAGGUUCAAACCCUCAUGAAAUGGCUAAGGAUCCAACCCUGGAACGACAUCAAAGUAUUUAAUGACUACUUCGUCACCAAGAAGCCGAAGAAGACCAAGGCGAAGACCCUCAGGGGCAUAAGAAACGCGAUCCUCUCCACGAGCCUACGGGCCUGCUUCUUCCCUCUCGCAAUCGACGACACCUUCAAUGGAGGUCGCCUCGUUGAAUUCUCGCGACACAGCGUGAGAAACACGAGAUUGACACUACCGACGGCCGAGGCGGCGCACAAGAAAGAGACAAGACCCAUUUGGGGUAAGCAGAAGGGGGGGAAGGACAGAGAGCGGUGGUCCGACAAACUCCGUGUCUGGGCCCUGCCAGAGGUCCUCAAAGCACGCAUGAAGGUCGUUCACCCAGGAGUGGCCGCCGGGGUGUGGACGCCAGGACGGUCUCCAUCUUCCGUAUCCAUCCAGACGGCCGGUGGGGGCUUGGAGCUGGUAGAUACUGUCAGGCUAUCUCUUGCGCAAGAGCUUUGGGACGAUGGGGAAGGAGCGAACCUUGCCAAAGAUUCUGAGAGCAAGGAUGAAUAUGGGGGUGCGAAAGACUUUGAGAGGCUCGGCCUUGACUUAGAGGCGACCAUGGGUCUGGCUCACGAGAACAUCUUCCUAGAUAUGAGCCACAAGCAGGCGCGACAGCGUCUCUUGGAUGAAACCAAGGACGACUGGAGCUCUGCACGCAUCAACAUGCUGACGCAGCAACUCGUCCCCAUUCAUGAUCUCGACUUUGUGGAGUGGGAGAGCCUUACCAAAGGGGAGGCCUACAUCGACAUGACCGCGAAAGAGUCCCGCAAGCAACUGCUGAAGGAGACAGAGAAUGAUUGGCACUCCACACGAAUUGACAAGCUGAUCGAGCAGAUUUUCAUCCUGCACGAGCCCAAGAGCGAGGGGAAAAUCAUCAACACUGAUGAAUUUCUCCAGACUCUAGACGUUGUGUCCAACGCCUUAAAAGCAACGGGCAUCGAAUUCCUCGAAUUCAACGGCCACAUGAGCUUGAAGGAGAGGGACGCUAUGCGCGAGUGA